GCUUGUUCUAAGCCAGGGCUGCCAAAACAAAAACUUUACACAAGAGAGCUGUCACCGUACAAUCUUUUUUGUCGGGACAUUCUCAAAAACAAAGGCACAAUGAAUGACAUUAAGGGUAGGUGGUCCACAUUGAGGGAAGAUGUGAAGAAGCAGUAUGUUCAGGAGGCAGCAGCACUGAAGGCACAUGGGCAGUCACAGGACCUUAGCCCUGAGAUGAGGGAUCUUAAAAUAAAAGGGCAUCUGAAGAACCUGAAGUUAGAGGUGUCCAAGCUUGAGGCUCUGGGUGUGGAGACGGCCAUUUUAUCUUUUGACACUCAAAAGGCCAGCUUAGAGGUCUUUGAAACGAGUAGCAAGAAAGCCACUGUGUUCCUUGACUCAACGGACACAGUGAACAAUUUUGCACUGCAUUUCAAAGCCAGCUCCUCAGCCGCAACACCUACUAAAGAGCCCAUCAGUGUGCUUUUGAAAAAAGUACAAGAUCUUUUCAACCAAAGAUAUAAGGAGGCCGGAGGUACUGGAAGGCUCCCCUACCUAUCCAUUUUAAAUAACGAUGAUGUAACAAUCAGAGUUGCUGGGCUGCCCAUUGGACUUGACCUCAAGAAGCCCUCCUUCUACGGAAGAAACCAAUUAGAGGCCAUUUUGGCAGCUGCUGACCAAAUUUCAUUUGAAAUAAGUAAGUGAUAUUAACAGUGGCUGUUGUCUUUCUUCACUUGUGUUCCUGCAGACCAUUUGGCUCUAUGCAAAGUUGGGAAAAUAAGUUAACUAAAGAAUAAUACAGGCCUUCAUGUGAGUCUUUG